AUGAAGGAAAAAAAAAUCGAUAGCUCACCAUCGAAUGGAUCGCAAUCGAUUGUCCGGUCUCGAUCUUCCUCGAGUCCACUAACACCGGCUACCACUGCGAGUACCGUGACCAGUGACCGAUCGUCCAGCACCGGCACCGGUACCACAGUACUCGUCGGCGAUUCGGAAGAAGUACCGCGGCGAAGGCACCGUCCAGUCCACCAGCAGCCCAGCACCAAGUACCAAGGCCUACGAGAUACGAUGCGGUGCUUGGCACGCAAUCUCAGGCUGCUUAUAUCGAUGCCUUCGUUGUACGACCUGUUUUUCCUCAUUUUGUUGACGCGAAUACCGUCCAUCUCGACCGACCUGUGGCCGAUGGAACGACCCGACGGCAUGCCGGUCAUCCAGAACCUCGAGGUGAUGUGCGGCAAGGACCACAUGGACGUCCACCUGACGUUCACGCAACCGUUCGAGGGCAUCGUGUCGUCGAAGGGCCAGCACGGCGAUCCGCGAUGCGUGUACGUGCCGCCCUCCAGCGGCCAGACGUUCUUCUCCUUCAGGAUAGCGUACGCUCGGUGCGGCACCAAGCCCGACCUGCACGGCCAGUACUACGAGAACACGGUGGUCGUGCAGUACGACAAGGACCUGCUCGAGGUGUGGGACGAGGCCAAGCGGUUGCGCUGCGAGUGGUUCAACGACUACGAGAAGACCGCCUCCAAGCCGCCCAUGGUCAUCGCCGAUCUCGAUGUCAUACAAUUGGAUUUCAGAGGCGAUAAUGUGGAUUGUUGGAUGGAAAUACAACAUGGUAAAGGGCCAUGGGCUCCUCCUGUUAGCGGAAUCGUCCCGUUAGGUUCAACUUUAACGCUAGUUGUAGCGAUAAACGAUUAUCGGGGCGAAUUCGACAUGCGGGUGAAAUCGUGCGUCGCCUCCGACGGCGGCGGCCACGUCAUCCGGCUGUCGGACGAGAGCGGCUGCGUCCUCAGGCCGAAGAUGAUCAGCCGCUUCCUGAAGGCGCGCGGCGCCGACGAGCGCGCCAGCGUCAUCACCUACGCCUUCUUUCACGCCUUCAAGUUCCCCGACGCCCUCAGCGUCCACAUCAAGUGCAAGGUGGAGAUAUGCCGGCACGGCUGCCUCGAUCACUGCCAGAACACCGACCUGCCCGACGCCGACGGCGACGCCGGGUACUACGUCAACCAUUUGGAGAGGAAGGACGACGACGUCCUCUCGGGAGAGGAAAAGAUCCGGGAUCCCCCCGGCGACGUCGACGACGUCCUCUACGAGGAGGUGGUGCGCCACCGCGACGGCGGCGGCGACGCUAAGUUACCGGGCGCCGGUGUGAAGGUGUCGCUCGACGGUAAGGUGGCCCACGGCGGGCCCCAGGACCUCGACGGGGACUCCGACGAGACGGACCUCGAACUGGCGGGAUUGACUCAUAAGGAAAUCUACUCGCUACCGCUGCAAGAGAAAUUCCCGCACGGGCCCCGACGCAUCGACGAGCCCCCGGUGGCGGGCCCGCGCAGCCUCGACGACGAGAACCGCUCGAGCGCCGCCGAGGAGUCGCUCAAGUCCUUCGAGAAGCGCCGCAAACGGUCCGUCAUCGUAUCCGACAGGAAGGCGAGGAGCGCCGACGUGGGGGUGAGCAGCCUCUACGAAGUCAUCUCCGAAGCGGACCUGGCCUUCAGCCCGGACGGCCGGACCGAGGAGGCGGUGACUGUCUUCCAGGGGCGCAUCAGAGAGGAGGUGGUCUACGGGAUUUGCAUGCCCGUCCCCGGCUUCAGCGUGCUGUUCGUGCUGGCGGCGGCGUCGGCCGUCGCCUCGGCGCUCGUCGCCGGCUCUCUCCUCUACAGGUAUCAGCUGCAGAAGGAGCGGUUGGCGGAGGAGGCGCGGUGCUCGCGGAACGGAGCGGUGCCGGCGGCGGCGUUCUCCAACUGGAUGGGGCUGGGGCUGUUGAGGGGCAGGUGCGGGGGCGGCGGGGCCGUGGCCUCGAGGAGGGCGGCCAAGAGGAACGGGGAGAUCGACGGGGUGGCGACGACGGCGAUGGGCAACGGGAAGGCGACAUGAGUACGGGAUAUUUUAUGAUUGAUCGAGUGAUUCGGACGAUUUUCGUGCGAGUGUAUUGUAUUCUCUCUACUUUUGUUCGAUUUUUUGCUACGCCCGUAAAUCUCCUUCGAGUGAUAGUAGUUCGCUGAUGAAAUUUUAAAAGCUUGUGGAUUUUGCUGGAUGGGUUUUAUUAGAAGGUGAAAAAUCCGGAGUUUUUUGAAUGUACUCGGAUUUGCCGUGUAGUGAAAUAUUCGAAAGGAAUUUCGUAAUUUGACGAUCGCGAUUUGAGAAGGUUUAUUUUUUCACGCCGAAAGUUCUUGUAAAAAUUUCGGUAAUUUCUGAUAAUUUAAUAAUGUGCUCAAUAAGACUCUUCGGGUAAUAAUUGUAGAUCUACCGGUAGAAUUAAAUGCGAAUAGUUGUGUUUGGAUGGACACAAAAAUAAAUUUCUAAGAGAAGUUGUAUUUUUGCUUCAUUCCGAACAAAUAUUUGAUUAUAAACAAUUUAUUACAUUUUUAUGUAUCAUAAAUAGGCAUUUGUUAGUUUAAACUUGUAUAGAUUAUAUUGGAGAAUAUAUAUCUCUAAAACAGCAGAUUAAUUUACUCAUUUACAACAAUUAAAUUUAUCGAUAAGAGUAAAUUAAUUUCAAAGGUUUAUAAGUUAUAUUUUUAAAUACCAAAUCGUAUAGUCUUUUCAAAGUCGGUUUCUAAGAUG